GUUGCACUAAAGCUCGGGCCCCUUCGGAGGCGCCAGAGGGGGCGUCACCAGAGCCCUACAAUGUGUGGACGCGGCCCUGCUGUGGAGGGGCUGGUCGCUGCCCCCUCCUCACCUGGCUCAGGGAGCAGCCCCCAGCUCCGCGCCCAUCCACGCACCACUUAGGAGCCAAGUGGACGGACGGACGGAUGCACGCAGCCCGUGGCGCGUAGACGUGUGCGCCGUGAGUUUCCGACUCAUGGAGGAGUUAGCCAGAGAGAGCAUCAGCCUGCUGGCCUCGGCCUCGGCCAAGCCGCCGUUGGACGUGGCCUCGGGGCCGAGGCUCGGCUCCGUCGGGGCCAUCUUCAUCAUGCUGAAAUCCGCCCUGGGCGCCGGGCUCCUCAACUUCCCCUGGGCCUUCGAGAGAGCGGGGGGCGUGCACAGCGCAGUCACCGUGGAGCUGAUCUCCUUGGUGUUCCUGAUUAGCGGUCUGAUCAUCCUGGGCUACGCCUCCUCCAUCAGUGGCCAGUGCACCUACCAGGCGGUGGUGAAGCACGUGUGCGGGCCGGCCAUUGGUCAGCUGUGUGAGAUCUGCUUUGUCUUCAACCUUUUCAUGAUUGCUGUGGCCUUUCUGGUCAUAGUGGACGACCAGCUGGAGAAGUUGCGCGGCUCCCUGUACGAGCUGGUGACUGGUUUGUCUGAGGUAGAGAUGCCGUAUCAUUUCUACACUGACCAGCGGUUCGGCCUGGUGCUGCUCUGCACGCUCCUCAUCCUGCCACUGUCCAUCCCCAAAGAGAUCAGCAUUCAGAAAUACAUCAGCGUUCUGGGGACUCUGGCGGCGUCCUACCUGACUGUAGCCAUCCUCAUCAGAUAUCACACCAUGCCCCCUGUCCGAAUGGCGGCCACCUCAUCCUACAGCACUGGGAUCGGCUCCUGGGCCUCCACCUUCAGCGUCAUCCCCACCAUCUGCUUCGGUUUCCAGUGCCACGAGGCCUCCAUCGCCAUCUACAGCAGCAUGGAGAACCAGCGACUCCCUCACUGGGCCUUCAUCUCUGGGGUCUCUAUGAUCUUCUGCCUCAUCAUCUACUCCCUCACAGGGAUUUAUGGGUAUCUCACGUUUGGAAAAGACGUCAAGGCCGACAUUCUGAUGUCGUACUCCAGCGACGACCUUCUGAUGGUCAUCGCCAGGCUGCUGUUCGGAGUCUCCAUCAUCACCAUCUACCCCAUCACCCUGCUGCUGGGCAGAUCGGUGAUCCAGGACCCCCUGCUGAGCUGGAGGCGGCGGCGUCACGGCACGGUGACGGCAGCGUUCGAGCGCCGCAGCCGCUACGCGCUGACGGUGCUGUGGAUCACAGCCACGCUGUUCACUGCUGUCUUCGUGCCCGACAUCAGCAAAGUCAUCAGCAUGGUCGGAGGGAUCAGCGCCUUCUUUAUCUUUAUUUUCCCAGGACUGUGCCUGAUGUUUGCCAUGCAGUCGGAGCCGGUCGCCUUGAAGACCAGGGUCGUCCUCACAGUAUGGGGAGGGCUGACCCUGCUCUGCGGAGCAUUCAUCUUCGGCCAGAGCAGCACCAUCGCUGUCAUGCAGCUCCUCGGACACAUCUGACGGCGAGACUUCCCUGGCUGGUUGCGUUCAGACCUUAUGGAAACCGGCAACAUCCGACUUCAAUAGACUCAGAUAAUAAUACUCCCAAAUAAUGCCGAUUAUGUCUUUCACUGCUCUUAUAUUGUCACAUAUGUCAGUGCACAUCACUAUUCAACAUGAAUGUAUUCAGAAAACAUUUACAUAGAGUCUGUAGGUGAGCUUUAACCUGAGCAGGGUUACUUUCGUGAGGACUAUAUAUGUCAAUAUAUGCAGUAGUGUAACCUAACACAAGAUAAUGCUGUAGUCACAUAUGUUUGUUAGCAGCAGAAAAUGUGAUGGGCAGGCCAAAUCCACAGGGUUUGGUCCCAUUGGUUUCCUCUGUACGGACUGACACUGCAGAGCCACAGAGGCUGAACAAGGAGAAUCAUUUGUGUUCAUGAAUUCCCAUACUGUGUAAAUGUGUGAUGCUUCAUCUAUUUUCUUUGGGUUUCAUUUUGAUCACUGAGUUGAAGCUUAACCUUGUUGUGAUGCUCGGUCCGGCUGCUACUUGUGCGAGGACCGGGCUCCAGAACACUUUAAGGAACAGUUUUGGGAACAAUUUACAAGAAGCUUAUGAUGCUGAAUAUAGAUUAUGGAAGAUAAAAGCUGUGACAUGUCCUGUGAGGAGGGCGUGUCAGUGAAAAGGAAACAAAUUAAAUAGGUUUUAUAUGAAUGCUUUGUUAAAUGUGCAUUUAUUGAGUUAGUGCCAGUUAUAAAAGCACCAGAAAUGACCUGGUGCUUCGAAUAAAUCAAGCAUCAAAAUAAGGUUUUACCUGAUUGGUGUGGAUUAAAAGAGAUGAAUUUAGGGUUUCUACAAAUAUAGUGUUGGACGAAUAAUGUGCUGCCAAAACGUCAAACCUGAAGUGUGUAAUUACACUGAAAAAGAAUGAGGCGAGGCGGAAGGCACUGUUUGACUUAACUCUGGUUAAGUAAUAGAGCCGUUAAUGUGCAGUGUCACAAAACCAAAACCACCCAACACAGCUGUCAGUUGAAUACUUUUAUUGAAUUGCAUCACUCUACAUCAUAUUUUCAACAAGAUAUUCUUGAAAGACCAAACGUAACACUUGCAUCCCUGCAAUAAGUCUCUACACUUAAGAAGAGAAAGCUAUUGUACUGAAACAUACAUUAAGAAUAAUUAUUUCAUUAACCAUUACCAUAAAAGUGAAUGUUUACCAUAUGGAUGCCAUUUUUUUUCUAGUCAUAUGUUUUAAUAUAAUAGAUUUCAGUCUCUGUUUGCUUCAUAGGAAUACUAGAAAAGAAAGAAGGUAAGAAAUGCACAAAACCCAUUGAAGAGUAGCCUGGUCUAAUACUACAGCAAAGAAGUUACUGGACAUUCAGUUGACAUGCACUCGGCUGAAGGAUAGAAAAAACACAACCAUAGAAGGGGGAGAGUUAUUGCCUCCAUGUGGGUCAAUUUGGCAAAGUCCUGAUUGGCUAAGUUUCACGUGAGCGCGUGUUUUGAAGUGGCACCAUCAUCACACAGUUUGUCCUGUUUCUCAGUGAAGUAAGGCUUCUGUCGCUACGUUUUAAUGGCGUAACUCUU